AUGACCUUGGGGACGAAGUGGGCCGCGGCCAUUUCGGCUACACUUGCUCUGCCAACGCCAAAAAGGGCUCCCUCAAAGGCCACCAAGUGGCUGUCAAAAUCAUCCCCAAAUCAAAGAUGACUACAGCAAUAGCUAUAGAAGAUGUGAGAAGAGAAGUGAAAAUACUGCGAGCACUCACCGGACAUAAAAACCUGGUGCAGUUCUACGAUGCAUAUGAAGAUGAAGAUAAUGUCUAUGUCGUGAUGGAGUUAUGCGAAGGAGGCGAACUUCUCGAUAGGAUACUUUCGAGGGGUGGCAAGUACUCAGAAGAAGAUGCAAAAGUUAUUAUGGUUCAGAUUUUGAGUGUGGUCGCCUACUGUCAUCUCCAAGGCGUGGUUCACCGUGACCUAAAGCCUGAGAAUUUUCUUUUUACAUCGAAGGAUGAGAAUUCCACUCUUAAGGCAAUUGAUUUUGGGCUUUCUGAUUAUGUAAAACCAGAUGAGAGAUUGAAUGACAUUGUAGGAAGUGCUUAUUACGUCGCUCCCGAGGUUUUACAUAGAUCAUAUGGAACAGAGGCAGACAUGUGGAGUAUCGGUGUGAUUGCAUAUAUUCUCUUGUGUGGAAGUCGGCCAUUUUGGGCCCGAACAGAAUCUGGUAUUUUUCGAGCUGUUCUAAAGGCGGAUCCAAACUUUGAUGAAGCCCCAUGGCCUAGUUUAUCUAAUGAUGCAAUUGAUUUUGUGAAGAGACUGUUGAACAAGGACUACCGCAAGAGACUAACCGCUGCUCAGGCCCUCUGCCAUCCGUGGUUAGCUGAUCAUCAAGGUAUCAAGAUACCAUUGGAUACAAUUACUUACAAGCUUGUCAGAGCUUAUAUUUGCUCAUCUUCACUGCGUAAAUCAGCAUUGGGGGCUCUUGCAAAGACAUUAAGUUCUGUUCAACUAGGUUAUCUUCAGAAGCAAUUUAUGCUGUUAGGGCCGAACAAAAAUGGGCUCAUUUCCAUGCAAAACUUCAAGACGGCUUUAAUAAAAAAUUCAACCGAUGCAGCAAAGGAUUCAAGAGUUCUUGAUUACGGGAAUGUGGUUAGUUCCAUUCAGUACAGAAAAUUAGAUUUUGAAGAAUUCUGUGCAGCUGCCGUAAGUAUAUAUCAACUAGAGGGAAUGGAGAACUGGGAGCAACAUGCCCGGCAUGCCUAUGAUAUUUUCGAUAAGGAUGGGAACAGACCAAUAAUGAUUGAGGAACUUGCCUCGGAACUCGGACUUAGUCCAUCAGUACCGGUUCAUGUGGUUCUCCAGGACUGGAUCAGACACUCGGAUGGGAAGCUUAGCUUCCUGGGAUUUAUCAGACUUCUACACGGUGUCUCUUCUCGCUCGUUUCAGAAAGCGUAGAAUGAAACCAGACAAGAUAAACAAACUCAAAUUUUCACUUGUCAAAUGUUCCUUGACCGGAAUGGUUGAAGGGAUCUGCGGUGGGCAACAAGCAUAAUAUAAUUUGAUAUCAUUGUGGUUGCCUAGGCCUAGGAAAGCAAGCGUGUUGUGAUUUGGUGUAAUUUGUUCUAAUUAUGUAAGUUGUUUGUUACGGUGAUUGGUGGUGGGGUUGAAAUUUAGAGGAUUGUACAGUGGAAGAAUAGAGGAACAUAAUGUAUCCCACCCCAACUGCUUAAAAACUGAGUUGAGAAGGUCAACUGAUUAUUCUUGGCCUUUUGAUUGUAGAAUCAAAAGAAACUCUUUCUUAGCAUUUCAAACUCAAUAACCAUGCACUACCCUAUGUAUUUUUAA